UUCGUGGCAGUGGGCGAAACCAUCGCGGACGACAACCCCGACGUGCGGCACAGCAUGGUGCUCGCGUGCAAGGAAGCCAGAGCUGCAGGUCGUGCGAUAGAGCGCGUGUGCGCAGGUGCCGACGGAGCGGGGGCUGGCAUGGUGUCAGCGGCGCGCGCUCUGCUUGCCUCCGUCACCAGGGUACUGCUGUUGGCAGACAUGGUGGUAGUGCGGCAGUUGUUGCUCGCAAAGGACAAGGUGGCGCGGUCAUUAGAUCGAUUAGAAUCGGUGUCCAACUUUGCGGAGUUCGUGCGAGCUUUUACGGAGUUUGGGGGAGGGAUGGUGGAACUUGCAAGACUAACGGCGGAACGACGCGCAGAUCUUCGGGAUGAGAGAAGAAGAGCACAAGUAGCUGCAGCAAGAAAUGUCCUUGAACGUUCAACGCUUAUGCUUCUCACUUCAUCAAAGACAUGUCUACGGCAUCCAGGCAGCGCGUCCGCCCGGGAAAACAGAGAUACUGUGUUCUGUCAGAUGCGGCGCGCUAUGGAUCUCAUACACUACGUCGUUCGAGACGGUCUCCCUGGGCAUGAGGAACAGUCACACGAGGCUGCACAAUGGGAGGCUGGAACGGCGUUAGGCGCGCUGCGUGGUCUGUCGACGCAAGUUCGUGCAGCGCGAGCCAGAGGGGGAGCAGACUCGGCACGGAGAAGAGCUCUCGCUGCCACGUUGCGUGCCCUUGUAGAAAGAACCCACGACUUCACAGACUCCGCCUAUACGUCGCACGAACACAGACAAAGGAUACUAGCCCUAGCUGAAAGAAUAGCCUACGAGCUGGAAAGAUUAGUAGCGGUUGCUGUGUCAUUAGAGGAACAAAAUGGAAACAGCAGCGGGGCUGCACUAGAAAGCGCAUGUACUGGAGCCACCAGUGCAGCGUCAGAACUAGAGCGAGCCCUGGUGGUCGCAGCGAGAGAUCAGGCCAAAGACCUUGCGCCCCUCGCUGAAGAAGCGAGGAAACUCGCUUCUGACCUUGCGCACAUAGCUAGUUCCUGUGGUGAGAGAGAAUCAGAGAGACUGCACAGUAUAGCGAGCCAACUUCAUGAGCAAUUAGAUCAUAUAAUUGAGGUUUGCAAAUUGCUCAGGCAUAUAGCGAUGUCGGAGACAUUACAAGUGAGUGCAAAAUUUGCGGAAAUCAACUUGCGGAUAUACGGUCCACAAGUGGUGACUGCCGCUCGGACGCUGGCGGCACAUCCCAGUAGUGCGGCAGCGAGGGAAAACCUAGAUGUGUUCGUAGAUAUGUGGGCGUGGCUGCUCGCCGAUGCAGCGCGACUCGCGAAGGAACUAUUAGAUUUAACGGACGAAAGACCAGACAAACAACAGUAUAGUAGUUUACCUAGACCUGGAAAACAUGGAACAACGACAAAGCCUUUAAAAGCUGUGAAAUUAGAUUCUGACGAGCAAGCGAAAAUUGCGAAGUCGGGAUUGGAAAUGAAAAUGAUGUCCUCUGAGAUGGACGCCGAAACUGAAAAGUGGCAAGGAGCUGAUGAAAAUAACGAUAUUGUGAAAAGGGCGAAAAAUAUGUCUUCCAUGGCCUUCGCUAUGUACCAGUUCACAAAGGGUGAAGGUCGUCUCAACACUACACAAGACCUCUUCACACAAGCUGAAUACUUUGCAGAAGAAGCCAAUAGACUGUAUAAAAUCGUUCGCCAAUUUUCCUAUCAGGUACCUGCCGGAACGAUAAAAAAGGAGCUGUUGGAACAUUUAGACAAAGUUCCUACGUAUGUUCAGCAGCUUCAAUUUACCGUGAAGGAGCCAACUGUGGGAAGAGCGGCAACCUUUAGCAAAGUCGACAAUGUAAUUCAAGAAACCAAACACCUCAUGAACGUCAUUAGUAAAGUCGUCACCACAUGCUUUGACUGCGCAAACAAGUACAAAUUGGACUUCACGGGUCUGUCGGCGGCUGGGGCCGGGCGGGGAAGCGCGCGGGACGAGGAGGCUGCGGGAGGGGCGUGCGGCGACGCGAAGCCCGGCGGAAGCUCGUCCGACACAGCCAUGUGACAGUACGGCAUGGGCCGGCGCGGCAAAGGCGACGCGCGCCGGACCAGGGUCAGCUUCCUCUUGUUUUAAGACAAACGUCUUACAACAACUCGUCGCCGCCGUCGGCUAUGCAAGCGGUAGAAUCUGAGUGUUCUUAUUUCUGGUGAAACAAAGCUUUUACAUAUCGAUCAACUAAUACUUAGAUACGAAACUGAACUAUUAAAAACAACUAAGGCAAAUUGUGCUUAAAAGUGCAUAGCCGCAAUGAUUAACGCUUUGCAAUAUGUCAUAUUGCAUUUCAAACUUAUAUCUAUUUAGAAAAUUGAGUUAACCCUAAAACACCUGAUAUUGUCAGGUCCUAGCGUUAAUUGAUCGAAAUAUUUUGUAAUU